AUGUCCACAACAACAUUGGCGACCAAGACGGAUGACACGCACACUGAGCGCAGCACAAAGAACGAGAGCUAUGCGCCCUCACACACCGAGACCGUACCCGCCGAGAAGGACGACCCCAUCAGCAGCACAGAGUCGUCGCCGAGAGCCUCCAUCAAGGAUGAUGCCGUGCUAGAAGCCUCCGCCUCGCGGAUCUCGAGGCCCCCGACGGCGGCCGCGGACCGCUCUGGUGGAGGAAGGCGUGGGCUCGGCAGCUUCCUGUCCUGGGUUGGUUCCAUAGCUACUUCUUUGGGCGCGGCCAUGGCUCUCAUCACGGCCAAGCUUAAUACAAGACUAAGUUCCCGGUACACUUGCCUCAUCGGUGUGACCUUCCUCGGGCUCGGCGAGAUCUUGGCAAGCUUUACCGUACACAACGUCGGCGGGCUUUUUGUGACCGCGGGCGUGCUGUUCGGGAUUGGUAAUGGGUUGCUCUUCAUGACUGUCUCCGUUGCGCCAGCGCAAUGGUUCUCCAAAAAGCGUGGCCUAGCUAACGGCAUCGUAUUCGCCGCUGGCGGCUUGGGAGGAGCCGUCACCAGCCUCGUCAUAAACUCUCUCGUCGGCGCCGUUGGCCCUGCCUGGACAUUCCGCAUCCUCGGCUGCGCCAUCGUGGCAACCUGCUUUCCCGCCGCUUGGCUCGUCCAGGAGCGCCGCCAGCCGACCCGCAAGCCUCUCGACUGGGGCAUCUUUCACAAUACCAACUUUCGACUCCUAUUCGCCGCCGGCGCCAUCGGCUCCUUUGCGCUCUUGGUCCCACCCUUCUUUAUCCCUCUCUACAGCCGUUCACUCGGAAUGGACCCGAGAACCGGAGCGUUUCUCGUGGCCGGCUUCAACUUUGCCUCGGCCGCGGGGCGCAUCAUCUCCGGGUGGGUCAGCGACCGAUUCGUCGGCAAUGUCUUUGGCUCUGACAGGGUGUCAAGCGCCAUGGGCUUCAUCGUCACAGGUUGGGUUGGAGGUUUCACAAUGGGCGCCCCUAUUGCCGGCUACAUGCUUGAUGCGUUUGGAGGAAGAGAAGCGGCGGAUGUCGCCCCAUUUCGGCCAGCCAUCUUCUGGGCAGGGAGACAUAUGGCGUCGGAUGUGCCGGCGGUGCAGUCCGAAGUGGAAGCGCCCGCCGAAAACCCACCUGCCGAGGGCAAAGCGGCCGACGCGUCUCCGUCGGAGAUUGGGGCCGGGGUCGAAAAACACAACCCCCGGGCCCGACGACUCGAUUCCGGAAGGUUAUGUCUGAGCUUGCUCCUAUCGGCGCUAGAAACGACAAUCUCCAUGAUCAUGCUUGGUCUUCUAAUCUUCCUCAUCUUCUCCAUCCUCUGCGGUAUUUCCACCAACAUCAUCGAGCUCAUUGUCUUCCGGGCCUUCCAAGGGCUGGGCGCAUCCGGUAUAUAUUCUUGCGUUAGCGUGUCCAUCCCGCAAAUUGUGCCUCCGCAAAAGGGCUUGGAGAAAAUUGACUUCCUCGGCGGGUUCCUCUUAUUAGCCGCAUCCAUGUUGAUCGUCUUUGCGUUUGAGGAAGCAGGGACCCAGUAUCCGUGGAAAAGCCCAGCCAUUAUCGCGACUCUUGUCCUCUCUGCGGCCUGUUGGGUGUUAUUUGUGCCCUGGGAAAUCUGGGUCGAUAGGCCUGGUUUCGCUCAGGAACCCAUCUUCCCCAUGAGGCUGCUCAAGGACCGCAGGAUAGCCGGAAUGAUGCUCAACGCCUUCUUCACGGGUUUCCCGUUCAUGGCGGCCAUUGUGAAUCUCCGCAGCGAUUUCAAGCCGUCAAUGGAAGCUCACCUUGGCAUGUCGGCCGCCCUUGUGUCCAAGUGCAAAAUUCCCCUUUAUGUCCUGGUUUUCGGGGCCUCCAUGCAACUCGUGGGCAUGGGUCUGGCCAGCAUGCCCUCGACGGCGUCUCUCGAACUCAACCGCAGGGUUGGAAUAGGGGCGCUGACACAGAUCCGUGUGCUUGGUGGGACAGUAAGCUUGGCUAUCUGCGCUACCAUAUUGAACAACUUCACGAAAGACAGGCUGCAAGACGUCCUAACCGAGGCUGAGGUUCAGGCCAUCUCGCAAUCCUUCUCGUCAAUCGCAGAUCUGCCUCUGCAGUCGCAGGUUGAAGUCCGCAGUGCGUUCGCGGAAGGGUAUACAAGGCAGCUUCAGGUUAUGAUUGCCUUCAGCGCCUUGGUGUUCCUCUCAGCACUUUUAACCUGGGAAAAGCCUAAGAAGAUGAUGGAGGAUGUGGAAAAGUAUCUGGCAAGUUGA